AUGGCGCCCAAAGCCAGACAGCCCAAGGGUAAGGCGAAAUCGAGGGCCGCUGGGGCCGGUGUUUCUGUGCCGUCGUCGCUGCCCGCGUCGAUUGCGAAUGUGAACGCCAGCUACCUUGCCGAUGUCCAGCAGUGGUUCAGCAACGUUGCCGCUAACCCGAUCUUGAACCAACUUGCAGGCGCCACCUUGCCCUUGACCGUGGAGCAGGGCGGUAGACUGGCGCCCUUCGACCAUAAUCUGUUCAAGCCAGGCCUCGAGAGGGCCGCCACCACGCCCGUGACCGCGGAGACUGUGAAGGACGCCAAGCCGUUCUAUACUAGCGGUGGUGUGCUUCAAUGGUUGAACCCGAUGUGGACAGCGACUCCAGGAGUGCAGAUCAACAGGUCCACAGUGCAGGCGAUCGCUGAUCGGAACUUCCCGCCGAAGGACCCGCGCCAUUUUCCGAUUGGCCUCGUGGCGAGCGCGAACGACGCAGAGUACAUGCCGAUGGAGCACAAAGGGGGCAUGAAAUGUGUCAGCCCCAUGGAGUACGUGCAUGCAGCCUACAUGGCAUGCGACAGGGACCUGGCCGACCCGUCGUGCGAUGAUGAGCUCGUGCGGCGGUGGUCCAACAUCUUUCGUGACGUCUCGAUUAGCUUCAUGUUCGUUCCAGAGAAUCUCGAGUCGUUGUCCUCGUUCCAGCAGCGCGAGGCGUCGGCGCCCAAACUGUCCCAGCAUUUCUUGACAUCGGUGCUGCUUUCAUCGAGGGGCGAGACCUUUAGCCCAAGCUUCAUCGACGCCGCCCUGACGGUGGAGAGUCGAGUCUUGGCCGAUCCAGUCGUCGGCCAGAUAUUGCAAGAGCUUGAUGAUUCCUUUGGCAGCUCGGGGCCCCUCAACUCGGUGCACAAGCUCCAGGCCGUCAUCAACCGCGGGAAGACUGCGCAAGGCAUCCAGUGGACGUUCAAAUCGAUUGCAGAUUCCAUCAAGAUGCGCUACCUGGAGGCCGGCGAAAUCACGGCCACUAAGAUCAACAGGUUGCAUGGCGACGUGGCGAUGUUGAAGAUGGAGGUUCGGGAUUAUCGGUUGCACAUCUUCCUGGAGAAGCAUGCGUUCACGGCAGAUGCCAAGCGCAGGUUGCGCGAGGUUCUCCAUGGCCAUGACUCGGCGCGCAGGUGCCUGGCGGCCUACCCCGACCAGAAGCAAGUUGAGAUCUCGUGGCAAGCCACACUGCCCGGGAGCGCCCGCAAGUUUUGUGACUUUGCGGAGGCCGUCAUCUACGGGGAUAGCCACGACGCUUCCCUGAAGACGGCUGUGAAGUAUUCGAAAGGUGCACCCGACUUCCUGGGCUGCCAGCUGGCCAAAGAAGAUUUGGAUACCAUCAUCGACUGUGUGGAAAAAGAGGCAGCCCAGGACAGCCUUGGCAUCGAGCUCCCGAAGGACGACGGCAGCUUCGCGAGCACCCCCUCCAAGCAGCAGUGGAAGGUCGACGAGAUCAUCCACUUCGAGGAGAACGGCGAGACCGACAAGCUGGCGAAGAAGGUGCAGGAGUUGAACUCGGAGGAGAGAGACAACUGGCUGUCCGUGGCGAGCAAGUACGUGAGAAUCGCGGUGAUGCCAGAUGAUCCAAAAACGCUUGUCUCGGAGAUCAAGAGCUCCGACCUGGCGACCACAGCGGGGGACAUGACGGGGUUGGCCCUCUUACACUUCGACACGAAGCUGGCUGGCGAAGCGGCGACGGCCCCGAGGAUCAGGAAGGCCCCGUUCCAGGAGAAGAGCUACAACACUCAGGUAUCCGCGGUGCUGGAGGGGCGCUUUCGUGGCGUCGGAGAUCAGCCUACGCUCGGCGGUGGGGGCGUGGUCCUUGUCGUGGACGGCGGCCGCCUGGGCAGCGCGAAGCCGUUGAAGAAGCCGCGGGCGCCUCCCGUGGCUGCGGUGGCGCCAGAAGAGAAGCUCCCCGAGGGCGACGAGGCCGACGACGACCUCGACGGGGAUGGAGAGAAGGAGCUGAACAGGAUGACGCUGAAGCACCACGUCGUUCACGUCAUUGCGAGCGAGGAGACGUUGAAGGCAAAUCGCAAACUCUCGCGGGGGCCAGCGGGCCUCCAGCAGGUGGAGGACAUGCACGUGCUGACAGUGGGCAACCUCGCGCUCCCCGAGCGGGCUGGGAAGCACUACGACGGCUCCGACAAGGGCACGGUCAUCGGCCCAGUGACACUACCAACGCCAGAAAAAGAAUGGCGCACAAGCGCCAAGAACAAGCGUGAGAUCUACACGAAAAAGAAUCGGAUUCCAGUGGGAGGCAAAGCAGCUGGCCUCGAUGCCCCCGAGAAGCGCAGCGACACAGACAUCGAGCCCGUGUUUGGGUGUACGUUCCCCGUCCUGUUCUACCUGGAGGUGCUGCGCAGGUUCUUCGGGCGCACGGUCGUCGACCUGGCGCCAGGGCCUGGGAACUUCGCGGAGGCGGCGCUGAGGAGGCGGACAGGCUUGUUCGGCAUCGCCAUGUCCCAGAAGCACGCCCCUGGCAUCGAAGGGCGGUUGAAGCUCGUCGCGCUCGCCAUGGCGCGCGACCCUGAGAGCUUGCUCUACAAUGCGAAGUCUGCGGAGGCCAUGGGCGAGACGAAGAAGGAGGUCACCCAUGAGCCCAAGAAGGCCAAGCGCAAGUUUAAGGGCACGGGCAAGGGUGCUGAGGUCGAGCAGAGCGGCGACAAGCAGCCGCCCAAGAAGAAGCUCAAGGGCAAGGGCAAGGUCGUUGACAAAGACGGCGAGGAGCCCGAGCCUGAUGGCGAUGAGGAGGCGGAUGGCAGCAACUGGGACCUCUCGGGCGACGACGGUGAGGGUGGCAAGGACUGA